AUGCCGCCCAUGCAAACGGGAAAGGUGGAGUUUCCCGAGGACUGGCGUCCCACGUUCGAGAUGUGCAGGAACGGGACGCGUCUCGUGAUAGGCGGCUUGUCAGUUUUUGAUGGGUUGCCGCGACCAACUCGCAGAAUCAGUGAGGCUUUGCGUGCCAAGGGCCUACCCACAGGGUCCAUGGACAUUCGCAAUGACACGGAUGACCCAGACUCAGAGAAUGUCCUCGAGGUCACUGGUCAAAAUAUGUUUCUCGAGCAUCUCGCAGCCUUGCAGAAAGACUCUCUCCUUUGGCUUGCUCCACCGUGCAAAAGUUGGGGGUUUCUGCCCAGAUCGGUGUCGGGCCGUAGCAAAAGUAAGCCUCACGGCGUCAAUACAGCCUGGGUCUACCAGGGCAACGAACAGGCGAACUUCGUUGAGCGAGCGCUGUUGGCAGCCACAUGUGAAGGCUGGAGCCUACUGCAGUAUUUGUCAAGGUCGACAAAAGACAACAGGAUUCAAGACAGCUACGUUGGUUCCUGCAACUGCCCUGAAGGUAUCUGGAUCAUUCUCGAGCAGCCCACAGGGUCCAUGUUGUUCCACGAGCCCGGCGUGAAAGCUGCCUUGACGCAGAUUCGAGCCCGAGCUGUGACCGUUCAUUUGGGAUGCUUUGAUGCUCCCAGCCUAAAGCCCCUGACGCUUUACGGAACUGCCCCUUGGCUGGAAGAGCUUGAGUCCAUCUCCAAGAAGCGCAAGGUCAGCGGUUACGCUGAGGGUUUGUCUCCUUUGUGCACCUACGAUCAGGAUGGCCGUGCAACCGGAGGCGCCUCUGUCACAGAUUCUGAGGCAUACCCGGAGCAGUUUUGUGAUUCUCGGCAGGUCCAUUAG